GCCCAUGAAUAUCGCUUACCGUUCCCCCUUCGACCCCUCCGGUCCCACUCCCACCUUCCCGCGCCUUCUCGAGUGAGCCAUCUCCGUCCUUCCCGCUUUCUGUCGAAACGGGGUGGGUUUCUUUCUUUCUUCCGUUCGACGGAGUUGGUUUAUUUCUUUCUUCCCUCCGACCGUCCCCGCGAGCUGCCACGCUCUUCAUUCACGACCAUCGCUGGAGAAGAAGAUACGCAUAGGAAGCUCCUCAUCUUUUCUCUGGGUCAAAGCCUCUAUCGAAUUAUGUAUUCUAAACAUUGAAGCUACAGAGGUUAUAUAUUCUCCAAAAAAUGAUAAGUUAUGGAGGUCUCCAAUCAAAGCCUAGUCAACCUCAUUGUUGCCUUAUGAUAAGUCUCAGUCAACAAGUCUUCUUACCUGUCAAACAUUUAUGGAUAUUCUUUCACUGCACGAGAAGCAAGCAAUCAUGCCCGUUAGCAUUAUUUUCUCUUUCAGAUCCUUUGAUCUCUAAGACAGCCAUGAAUCAAAGGGAGAUUGAGGCGUGAGAGAGGUGUGGAGAUGGAGAUGUACUUGGAGAACAUGAAAAGCUUGCGUUCUCAGAUGCAUGUGAUUGAGGAGGACGCAGCAAUAAGAUCCAUUGAGGAGCAGAAGCAGAAGACCUUGGUUGAGACCUUGGAAAAAGAGCUCCAGCUAGUGAGAUCCGAGACAAAGUGGUUGAAUGAGGAGGUUGAAGAGAUGGUGAAGACAAGAGCCCAUAUCAACUCUGGGUUAGCAGAGAAGGAGACGAAACUCUCAUCCAUGCAGAAAGAAUCCUCUACCCUUUCGCAGACACUGGAGCUUCUUCAUCAAGAAAUGGUCAUCCUAUCAGUAAAAAUAAAAGAAAAGAGAUCAUACUACUCAAAGAUCACAGAGGAGUUGAACAUUAAACUAAAGGAACAGCAGGCUUGGUUUAACUCACAUAAACAAAAAAUGAUAGAAGAUGCUCAGCUGGUUGAGGAAUAUCCCAUCAAGCCAAUGGACAACCAUAUUGAUGGAAACACAAGCAUUACACUUUCCAAAAUAGCAAGCUUGGAGAAUAUGGAACAUGAGAUGGGUGGGAGAUAUGAGGACCUGAUGACACAGUUGGAGUCUGCAAAAAAUAAGCUUGAAGAAGUAGAAGCGAAAAGAUCGGACAUUAAUAUAGCAAGCAGCAAGUCAAAGGAGCUUGUCGAGCAACUAAAGCACCAAAUCGAGAGUGUUCCAUCUGCUUUGAAGGAAAUGGAUGAUAAUGCCCUGGAAGAGGAAUACCAAGCCCUGAUGGGUGAUAAAUCCAGAGAAAUGGAAUACCUGCACUCUCUAGAGGAUCAGAUAAAUCAACUGGAGGACAUUUCACAAGUUGUUACAUGUCAAUGCGGAGAGGAGUACAGGGUAGCUGAUGGGCAAAAGCUUGGGGUUGCAUGUAAAGCAGCUCUAGACCUUUGCACCAUUCAAAACCAUCUGAUGGUGUGGGAAAAACUCACAGUACAGAGAUCAGCAAUGCACUAAAUACUGCUCUUUGUAAAGCUGUAGAGGCAAUAUAACUGAAAAAGGAAGAAAGAAAGCAAAGCUGUAGUUUUUUUGGCACAUUUGGAUUGCAAUCAGAUCUAGUAAGUUUUGCCA